AGUCUUUUUAACAUCGCAGGGAAAGGAUUUCCAGUUGCGCCCGAACCAGGAAGUACCGCUGGUAGAAAAUAUGUCCGACGUUCCUAGUAAUGCACCGGAACAUUGUCCAGGAACUGGCAGUGACCAAGCAGGCAAAAGUUCUGCUUGUCAAGGAUGUCCUAAUCAAGCAAUAUGUGCUUCAGGAAUGGCAAAGGGUCCAGAUGCAGCAAUUGAAGAAAUCAAAAAGAAGAUGGCUACAGUGAAACACAAAAUCCUUGUUUUGUCAGGAAAAGGUGGAGUUGGAAAGAGCACUUUUAGUGCACACCUGGCUUACUGUUUGGCAAGUGAUGAAACAAAACAGGUUGCUCUGCUUGACAUUGAUAUAUGUGGACCAUCGAUUCCAACAAUGAUGGGACUAGAAGGAGAGCAGGUACACCAGAGUGGUUCUGGGUGGUCUCCAGUGUAUGUUGAAGACAAUCUGGGUGUGAUGUCUGUUGGCUUCCUGCUUAGUGGUCCAGAAGAUGCUGUUAUUUGGAGGGGACCCAAAAAAAAUGGGAUGAUUAAGCAGUUUCUCCGCGAUGUAGACUGGGGUGAAGUUGAUUACCUGAUUGUUGACACUCCUCCUGGUACGUCUGAUGAGCACCUUUCCAUAGUGCAGUACCUCAGUGCAGCAGGAAUUGAUGGAGCCGUGCUGAUCACUACCCCACAGGAAGUAUCCCUGCAGGAUGUCAGGAAAGAAAUCAGUUUCUGUCGAAAAGUGAAGUUGCCAAUUAUUGGAAUUGUAGAAAAUAUGAGCAGUUUUGUGUGCCCCAAAUGCAAGAAUAAAUCUCAAAUCUUCCCUCCAACAUCUGGUGGUGCAGAAAAGAUGUGCAAAGACUUAAAUGUACCUCUUCUUGGCAAAGUGCCUUUGGAUCCUAGGAUCGGUAAGAGUUGUGAUGAAGGAAAGUCAUUCUUUGCUGAAGUGCCUGAUUCUCCAGCAGCUGCUUCGUACAAGAGUAUAAUUCAGAGAAUUCAGAAUUAUUGCAGUACAUGUGAGCAGUAAGAAGAAAAGAAACUUGGUUCCAGAAUCUACAUGCAACAUUCACUUGUAUUCUAAAAUGAACACGUUAUGUUUAAUGCACUCAAGUUUUCCAUAAAAUGUUGACAUGUUUUACAA